AUGUCUGUGACAGGAUCUGUGAACCUCGCGAGAGCCACUUGUUCACUUCGAUCGGAUCAAAGUGGGUUUUCGGAAAACCAACCAACCAACCGAGCGACGAAACAGGAGGGGACAACCAAUCACAAAAAAAGAACGAUACGCGAUCAAGGGACGACGAAAACGAAGAUGACGGUCAAUGGGAUGGGCACGAUGAUGUACCAACAAGUGCGCCGGUUCACGAGCGGGAUGACGAUCCAGUUCCCGCUGCAGCCGGCCAAGCAACGCAAGACGGUCCCGAUCCGCAACCCGCGUCGGCCGCAUCUGCCCGACCCUCUCGACAGCGACCCCUCCGCACAACGCUUCAAAUUGGCCGAACAUCCCCGGGUGAUGUUCGUGAUUCGGGAGCCCGGAGGGACGGCGAAUCUGGCCGACAAGCUCGGGAAGCCUGCGACGCUCUCGUCCAAGACCGAGGCCAUCGACCCGGCUCCUCCUUCCCCCACCAUCAUCGGCCUCUCCCAUCCCAUCCUCUCUUCUUCUUUACCAUCAUCUUCUUCGACUCCAGCAAUCUACAAACUCCCGCCCCCGCUUCGAAAGCCUAAACCAUUCGCAACCUCGUUGACGCCCUCUCAAGCCCAGGAAAUCCAGAAGCUUCGGCCCUCCCAUUCGCUCUCCCAACUCAGUCGGAGAUUCAACGUCCCCCGAAUCCUCGUCGCGAUCCUCGGACCCCCUUCCCCGCAAGAUCGCGCCCGAAUCAACACCAGACAUUCGCUCAGAACCGCCCGCAAACAGGCCCGUUGGAGCGUCCCUAAAGUCGUCAGGAGACACGAGAAACUCGUCCGUAGAAGUUGCUGGUGAUCUCUUAUACCCUGAUCACCUCAUCAUUCAUUCCUCUUUGCUUUUCUUCUUCGUCUUCUUCCUCUUUGAAAAAAAAACGUCAAUCAUACAUUUCUUUUUUUUUGGUUAAUGUCAAAUGGUGA